AGCUAUUGCUACGGUACAACAGUGCAACAGUGUAUGUAGUGAUGUAAUUAUUCAUUGCUAUAAAUGUAUAAAUGUAGAUAUCAAGUACCUCGACGUUCACAGUAAACCAAUGCUCUCCCCACAAACUGACAGACUGUAUUAAUCGAUAGCUACGACAAUGAAGAAGGCUCGUAUAGUCUGUAGUCUCGUUGGUGCCGGGGCAAUUGUAGUACUCAGCCUGUACCUCCUCCUCAACAGUCACAGUAACGGAACUAUAAAUACAACAAAACAAUUGAUUAAAUUAUCUCUUCUGAGGAUAAUAGACCUACCAGUGAAUCCACACGACGCUUACCCAAGCAUUCCUGCACUGGAUAGCAAUGAGAGUGCACUUGUUCAGCUCCACUGGACCAUACUAGGAGGAACUAAUGAGGACAAUUCCUAUCAUUUCUUCUCAGCCUAUUACGACGGACGGACAUCCAAAAAUCUGCAAAGGCCUGCUGUCAUUGUAAUGGGUUAUGUCAAUAGAAAAGUUCCAUCCAUCAAAUUCUACUGUUUGUUUCGUUACAACAAUCGUAGCACUUGCAAAGAGAAACCUGCAAAUGAGAGACACGUGUCCCCUUGUUUUCCACCCAAUCUGUCUUCUAGGCCAUACCACUAUGUGUGUGAGGUGUUGGUUGGUGAAGAGGUGCCUCUAGCUGUACACUUAAGCAUGUCAGAAGAUUGCAAGCCCGAUUCCAUCUCAGCUCCCAUUCCGGUACAGAACAGAGACGCUAAAAUUGAGGAGAAACCGGCUAAAAAAUUUGGAGUGUGUUUGGGAGGACCUUUAGUGCAGGAGAAUGCUAACUUCUUGAGAGAUGUGGUGGAGUACGUUGAGAUGAGCAUAGCCGUGGGUGUACAGCAAAUAGUGUUCUAUGUCAAUGAAAAGCAAGUGGAUAAGAGUUUGUUGGAAUAUUUAUGGAAGCAUUAUCCUGAUGUGGUGAAGACUAUCGCUUGGAGGAAGUUUGACAAGUGGGUCCCCAUGCAUUACUAUGGACAGUUGUUGAUGAUGAGCGACUGUUUCUACCGACACAUGUAUGAGGUUGAAUACUUGGCCAUGACUGAUUUGGAUGAAAUGAUAACGCCAGUUGGAAAGCAUACCUCAUGGGGGGAGAUGAUCAAGGCUUUGAACAGCAACAGUGAUGUGUCUUCAUACACAUUCCAGAAUGCGUUUUUCACCUCGCCUGAAAAUGAAGCUAAACAAGUGUUACCAAACUGUUCUAAUGCACAAGUGCCCAAGUAUUUCACACGAACUGUACGCCAUGACUGCUACCCUGGUUAUGCGUACAGACCCAAGACUAUGAGUCUAGCUCGAUACAUUUAUGAGCCAAACAUUCACUGGGUCUGUGCAAGAGUGGAUGGACAUCCUGGUAAUACUAAUGUUCCUACAGAGAUUGGGAUUCUAGCGCACUACAGACCGUCUGUACCAGAUGACUGUGUGGGGAAACCAACAUUUACUGACAAUGUAGCUAGAAAAUUUAGGAACAAAGUUACAGAUUCUAUGUGCUGAAAUUGAUAAUUAUGACUAAUGCGGUAAAGAUCGUCUAGUGAAGGUUAUGUAAAGAUCGUUUGACAAAAAUGUAAUAA